UAUCAGAUUGGAAUAACCGUCGGAAAAAAAUCAUUCAAUUCAAAAUCCCAAUCAAUCAUCUCAUCUGUAUUUAGGAAUAUUGUCUCCGGUUCGAUUUCUACAGUUCUCAUCAAUUAGUUCCUUAAUCGCGUGAUGGAAUUGGAAAGCAGCUUCGCAGGAAUGGCGACGAAAAUCGCGCUCUUCAUCGUCGUCCAAGGUCUGGUGUAUCUGAUCCUUUCCCAGUCUUCGAACGUCUUCUCGAAGGUUCCGAGAUCGCACAGCUUCAAGACGGCUCGCACGCUCAGCAUCCGCCGCUGGGCCGCCGCGCUCGCAGAUAUUCCGGCCGGCGGCGAGGCGUCGCCGCAGGGGCUUCUCCGGUCGCUCAGCCGGGCGGAGUAAUUAAAUUUCACACGUGUGUAUGUAUAUUAUACAUAUAUAUAUUUGUGUUUGGAAUUGCUGUGAGACGAGGGAUUAUUGUUAUUUAUUUGAUUUAUUUUUAUUGUAUUGAUUUUUUUAAAAGAUUAUUUUGGAAAAAAGAAUUUGGAGGGGUGAAAUGGUCA